GUCUGAUUGGCUGAGGAGCAGCCCAAAGGCUGUCUGGGAAAGAGACCCCGUAUAAAUGCUGGUGAAUGAGGACUCGCUCCACACUUUGUGGUAUGCUUCUUCACCCCGCUGUGUGUUCUGCUGAGUCCCAACAUGGUUAGUCGAAUUGAGCAUCCAGCAGGAGGCUAUAAGAAAAUCUUUGAGACAUGCGAGGAGCUUGCGGAGCCAAUCCCAGCGCUGGUCUCAGGUGUGAUUCCCUCCUGGCUGACUGGGAGUCUGUUGCGGCUGGGCCCUGGGCUCUUUGAGGUGGGCAGUGAGCCGUUCUACCACCUGUUUGAUGGUCAGGCUCUCAUGCAUAAGUUUGACCUGAAGGAUGGACACGUCACCUACUAUCGAAGGUUUGUCCGAACUGAUGCUUAUGUACGUGCUAUGACCGAGAAACGGGUCGUCAUCACUGAGUUUGGCACGGCAGCCUAUCCAGACCCUUGUAAAAACAUCUUCUCCAGAUUCUUCACAUACUUCAAAGGCAUUGAAGUGACAGAUAACUGCCUUGUGAAUGUCUAUCCCGUCGGUGAAGACUUCUAUGCUUGCACAGAGACCAAUUACAUCACUAAAGUUGACCCUGACACAUUAGAAACCAUCAAGAAGGUGGAUCUGUGUAACUACAUCUCAGUCAAUGGUGUAACGGCACACCCCCAUGUCGAGAAAGAUGGCACGGUCUACAAUAUGGGCAACUGUUUCGGGAAGAACAUGUCACUGGCAUAUAAUGUCAUCAAGAUCCCUCCAAUCCAGGAAGACAAAUCAGAUCCCAUCGAGAAGUCUGAAGUGAUUUUGCAGUUCCCUAGCAGUGAAAGAUUCAAGCCAUCCUACGUUCACAGCUUUGGAAUGACAGAAAACUUCUUUGUAUUUGUGGAGACUCCAGUGAAGAUUAACCUCCUGAAAUUUCUGAGCGCCUGGAGCCUUCGUGGAACAAAUUACAUGGAUUGCUUUGAGUCCAACGAGACAAUGGGUACGUGGUUUCAUGUGGCCACCAAGAAUCCUGGGGAAUACGUCGACCACAAAUUCAGGACCUCAGCGUUUAAUGUCUUCCACCACAUAAAUACCUACGAGGACCAAGGAUUCAUUGUUGUUGAUCUCUGCACCUGGAAAGGACAUGAGUUUGUGUAUAACUACCUGUACCUGGCCAACCUGCGGCAGAACUGGGAGGAGGUGAAGAAGGAAGCCAUGAGAGCUCCCCAGCCUGAAGUGCGCAGAUACGUCCUGCCCAUCGAUGUGCACCGGGAGGAGCAGGGGAAGAAUCUGAUCUCUCUGCCCUACACCACCGCCACAGCGGUUAUGCGCAGCGAUGGAACCAUUUGGUUAGAGCCAGAGGUUCUUUUCUCUGCACCUCGCCAGGCCUUAGAGUUCCCCCAGAUCAACUACAGCGCGCACGGAGGGAGAGACUACACGUACGCCUACGGGCUCGGCCUGAACCACUUCAUCCCAGACAGGAUCUGCAAGCUGAACGUCAAGUCCAAAGAGGCGUGGGUCUGGCAGGAACCGGACUCCUACCCUUCCGAACCGCUGUUUGUGCAGACUCCAGAGAGCACAGUGGAGGAUGACGGUGUGCUCCUGAGCAUAGUGGUGAGCCCUGGGGAGGGCCAGCGUCCAGCCUUCCUCCUCAUCCUCGACGCCAAGGACCUCACGGAGAUCGCCCGUGCCUCUGUCGAGGUCAUCAUCCCGGUGACCUUCCACGGAAUGUAUAAGCCCUGAGGGAUGCAACCGCAACAAGAUGCCAGAGGACCAGAAGAGGAAAGGGCCAAAGAGAAGCACGUGUAGUGGAGGCUCCAGUGUCCAUGUGGUGGGGGUGUUUAAAGGUGUAAUGUAGAAUCCCUCUAGUGAAAAAGUACCUCUGAAAACUAAGGACCUGUAAGGCAUUAUAAAAAGGCAUUAUACAAUACAGCUCUCCUUGCAUUCCUGUGUAUGCCAUUUGUUUCAGGGAUUUUGUUUGCAUUUGUUUUUUUUACAUUUGUUAGAUCUUAACUAAUAAUAGUAAAUGUACAGUAUAUACAAAUACCGGGUAAAAGGAAUUGUGGGGUAGCCUACAAAAGAGAAGAUAAAAGGAUAUGUUGAGGUCAAAGCCCAGGAUGCAGUCAGAUUCAGCAGGCACAUGUUUGUGGCAACCGCAUUGUCUCUUCAGUUUACAUUUUAAAGGGAACAACUGAGCAUUUUUACACAAAAAAAAAUUACAACAUACCACUCAUAUUGUUUUGUAUUUUAUAUCCCUGGUGUGCAUGAAAUGUGUAUAAAUAAUGUGAAAGGCAACACAGAAUUGCAUCAUUAUUGUUUAUCAUUUCAUAUUUCCCCUUUAAUAUUUCAGAUUUCACCUUUAACUAUAUGGGGCGAAAUUGAAAAUGUACUGUGUAGUUUGUGUAUAUAUAGGUUUGAAUAAAAAAAAUACCCUGAAGUAUAUCAAGAAUAAGAAA